AUGGGAGAUCCCCCGCAUCUUCGGGCCACGUAUAAUGAUAUCCACAACAUCAUCAAGGCUUCUGCGGUUCAGAUAGCAGAGUUCAAACCUGACAUGCUCAUCGCGAUCGGUAACGGCUUCUUCCCGGCCCGUGUCCUCCGAACUUUCCUCAAAGAUCCUUCCACCAAGCGCAACAUCCCGAUUCAGGCCAUUGGCCUCUCCUUGUACGAGUCAUUGCCAGGAACGACUGCAGAGCAAAUAGGAAACGAGGUUAUCCGUACCCAAUGGCUGGGUCCUAAUCCGGGCCAAGCUCUGCUUGGUAGGCGCGCACUAAUCGUGGACGAAGUCGAUGACUCCCGGAAAACACUGCAAUACGCACUGUCGGAACUGCAGAAGGACGUAGAGCUUGAACUACAAAAUGUGCCAGUGUCAGAACGCGAAGCGAAGCGAACGAAGUUCGCUAUCUUCGUUGUACACAACAAGCUUAAGCCAAAAUUGGGUACUUUGCCCACAAAUGUCCCAUACUACGCGGGUGCCAACGUGGAAGACCUAUGGAUGGACUAUCCGUGGGAAGCAAUCGACAUCGAGGAGCACGAUAGACUGGCGGCAGCAGGCAAAACGAGUUCCUAA